AUGCUCAUAAUAGGAGUACUCAUUUUGGGAGUCGCUGGCUACCUGGCUUAUCUAUACGUCCGAUGGCAACAGCGGCAGCAAGAGCUUUCCGUAAUCGUCGAGAAACGUCGACAUGAAAGGCAAUUUUUAAUGGAUGCCGCGUUGAAAUCGGCAGAACUGUUAGAUGCUCAGCGAAGAGAUAUGAUAGCUUCAUGGACCUUUCAACAACUUAGAGAAAAUCUCCAGUCUGGUACCGUCACAUGUAUCGAAGUGCUGCGAGCUUAUCAGUGGAAAGCGAUAAAAGCCCACGAAAAGACCAAUUGCAUAACGAUUGCCGCAAUAAAUUUUUUCAAGGAAGCGGAAGAGUGGGCUUCUGAAUGGGACAGAAAAGCCCAGGAAAAAAGCUUUGUAAAGCCAGCUUUCUUCGGUAUACCUAUCAGUCUCAAAGAAUGCGUGCCGCUCGAAGGAUAUGAUCAGACUCGAGGCUUUGUACAAGACGUGUAUGCUCCCACUAAAGUCGAUGCGGUUAUGGUACAGCACGUCAAACGAUUAGGAAUGAUACCAUUCGUACAAACAAAUGUACCUCAGUCUAUGUUGUCAUACAGUUGCUCCAAUCCGGUUUACGGUACCACAAACAAUCCAUUGGAUAAAGAACGCACUUCUGGUGGCUCGUCUGGUGGAGAGGCAGCGAUUAUUGCUGCUGGUGGUUCAGUGAUAGGUAUCGGCGGAGAUGUAGGUGGUUCGAUAAGGAUCCCUUGUCAUUUUACUGGAAUUGCUGGAAUAAAGCCAUCCCACUUGCGAUUCUCCCAUCGAGGAGUUUGUGGUUCUGUUCCAGGACGACCACUUAUCAACUCUAAUGAUGGUCCGAUGACUGUGGACAUAGAGACCACCGUAGAUUUUCUGAGAGAGAUGUGGCGUGAUGACUGGGCUUCAGUGCAGGAUCCGUAUAUUCCGCCAGUACUGUGGAAUGAAGAGCAGUACAAGGGGGGCAGCACAUACCGUAUCGGAUACUAUGUAGACGAUGGAUGGUUCACUCCGGUUCCUGCUAUACAGGUAAUAACAGCACCAAAGCAUAACGUACCAGGUAAACUCUUUGCGGCCUGCUGCUACACCGCAGUUUUCAAUCUUCUUGACUUUGCAGCAGGAGUCGUUAAAGUAACAGAAACGACCGCAGAAGAUGACCAAAAGCUGCGUGAGGAGUACCCGGAAACAGAUCCGUGGUAUCGAACGGCCAAAGAAGCUUGCAAGGUUUGUAGUACUGAUUAUUAUUUGAUGGAUUUGGUAUUCUUGACAUUCAUAAAACGCUCACGUUGA